AUGUAUACUCAAUUACCCUUUGAUGAAUUAAAGGUAGAUCCAACUCAAAAGAAAAGAAUAGCUUACUUUUACGAUGCAGAUAUAGGUAACUACGCCUAUGGUGCUGGUCAUCCUAUGAAACCUCAUCGUAUAAGAAUGGCACAUUCCUUAAUUAUGAAUUAUGGAUUAUAUAAAAAAAUGGAAAUUUAUCGUGCUAAACCAGCUACUAAGCAAGAAAUGUGUCAAUUUCAUACUGAUGAAUAUAUUGAUUUUUUAAGUAGAGUUACUCCUGAUAAUUUAGAUAUGUUUUCAAAAGAACAAAUUAAAUUUAAUGUGGGAGAUGAUUGUCCUGUAUUUGAUGGAUUAUUUGAAUAUUGUGGUAUUUCAGGUGGUGGAUCAAUGGAAGGUGCAGCAAGAUUAAAUAGAGGUAAAUGUGAUAUUGCUAUAAAUUAUGCUGGUGGGUUACAUCAUGCUAAGAAAUCAGAAGCUUCUGGAUUUUGUUAUUUAAAUGAUAUUGUUCUUGGUAUCAUUGAAUUAUUAAGAUAUCAUCCAAGAGUAUUAUAUAUUGAUAUUGAUGUUCAUCAUGGUGAUGGGGUUGAAGAAGCAUUUUAUACUACCGAUAGAGUUAUGACAUGUUCAUUUCAUAAAUAUGGAGAAUUUUUCCCUGGUACUGGUGAAUUAAGAGAUAUUGGGGUUGGUAAAGGUAAACAUUAUUCUGUCAAUGUACCAUUAAGAGAUGGUAUUGAUGAUUCAACUUAUAAAUCUAUAUUUGAACCUUUAAUAAGUAAGAUUGUUGAAUGGUAUCAACCAUCCGCUAUUGUAUUACAAUGUGGAGGAGAUUCAUUAAGUGGAGAUAGAUUAGGAUGUUUUAAUUUAUCAAUGGCAGGUCAUGCCAAUUGUAUAAAUUUUGUUAAAUCAUUUAAUAUUCCAAUGAUGGUGGUUGGUGGAGGUGGUUAUACUAUGAGAAAUGUGGCCAGAACUUGGGCUUAUGAAUCAGGAUUAUUAAACAAUGUUUUAUUACCUACUGAAUUACCUUAUAAUGAAUAUUAUGAAUAUUAUGGUCCUGAUUAUAAAUUAGAUGUUAGACCAUCAAAUAUGUAUAAUGCAAAUUCCCCAGAAUUUUUAAAUAAGAUUUUAACUACCAUUAUAACCAAUUUAGAAAAUACUAAAUUUGCUCCAUCAGUACAAAUGAAUUAUGUUCCAAAUGAUGCUGAAGAAUUAGGUGAUGUUGAUGAAGAUACUAGGGAAGCCAUUGAUACGAAAGGUGGUUCACAACAAGCUAGAGAUGAACAAAUACAGCCUGAUAAUGAAUUCUAUGAUGAAGAAGAUAAAGAUAGUGGUGAAAAGCAUAUAGAGGUUCAAAAUGGAGCUGAAAAGAAAACAUCAGUAACAACAGUGCCGAUAGUAUCAGCUCCAGUAUCACAAGAUUCAAAGGAUGAUGAAGAAGAGGAAGCACAUAGUAGUGUAUUGACUGAUGAAGAAAUGAAGGAGAUCGAUGAAUUGAAUGGUGAUGAUGAUGAUGCUUAG